CAAUUUUAAAAAGAAAGAAAACAAUAUUUUCUUUUCUCAGAAAUUCUAUUUUCUGUAAAAAAACGAGAAGAAAUUUCCAAUUGUAAGCCAAUAGCUGCUGAUGUAGGAACAAUAGCACCAGAGAUUAUAUUAUUUCCAUAAAGCAAAGAACCAGAAACAGGUUCACGAAUGCCAUCGAUAUCUACUGGAGGAGCUGCAAUAAAAGCAAUGAUAAGAGUAGGAAUCAUUAAUACACCAAACCAUCCAAUGUAUAGUCGGUUUUCAGUGCGGCGGGGCCGCAGGUAGUACUCGAGACGUUAAUGAGGAGGUGGUGGAGGAACAGGAGAUGAUGCACGAGGACGACGACUUUGAAGAGGAAGAGGAACAACCCCCGAAGAGGAAACCGAGGGCGAGUUCCGUGGGGGGGAUAAAAAUCAACGAAGGGGGGGACGGGACAGCUUCCGCACGACGUGGCGGUGGGGGUGUCGCGGGUGGACACGCCGACUUUGUCGACGUUGAACGCGAUGUGCCUAGGAGGGAGAUCGGGGGGCGUGUGAAGGAAGGGGCCGCCGCUCAUGAAUCUGCGCAACGCGUGCAGAUGCCCUCGAAACGCCUGAACACCCUGCCUGUAGACGUGGCGGGUAGUUCCCAAGUGGCAGUCCAAGGUGGGGCGUUGGGAUCUCCUUCGGCGGUGCCGCGCGGCGGCGCUGUUACGGUGGCGGGGGAGGCGGGGGAAGUUCCGAAGGCAGGGGAUGGCGGGGUGGUUGUGGAAGACGACGAGGCUCUGGUGCACAGGCUGCGCGGGGCACGUGCGGCGUCACAUGCAAUGGAUGCUGCCACCAAACUUUGGGAGGAUGACACACGAUUCUGGAACGAGACGCAGGGGAGCGCCAUAGUGAAGAUCAUCCAAGAAGCGCGCGCGUAUCUCGUGGCAUUGGCGCGGGGAGUGCAGCCUCCGGCUAUUCGACGGAGCAUCUCCCUUCCACACAACACCAUCCCCCAACACAAAAUCGAGGAUGAAUCGGAGUUCAAUGCGGCGAAAGAGAGGGCGUUGAAGGUGCAGACAAUCUCGCUGAGGGCGAUCCACGGUUGGGUCUUCAAGUCCGAGAGUAGACAAAGUGUGUAUCACUUGGCGUACCAGUACGCCUUGAAUCACUCAGCCACUCACAUCGCUAGAGCGAUGUGGUCAGCAGAGGAUUGGCGCGCUUUGGUCAGCCCGAUGUUAUUCCGCACCACACUGGACGUGGAUAUGAAGUUGCCUUUGUGGUUCGUCGGCGCGAAUAUAGUGGACAAGCACGAGGACGACGAGUGUGCGGCUUACCAGGAGGCUUGUGUUCAGCGUCUGGUGUGGGAUUUUGCGAGCGCAGUGGGCACAACCGAAGCGAUCGACGGCGGUCGUGUAUCAUACGAGCGUCUGAAGGCCAUGGCAGAGGCGAUGAGGUACUUGCUGGCCGCAACAAUGUGGAUAAUGCGAAUGGCAGGGGACGAUCCAAGGUCUUAUUACGACGCUUGGGUUUUCGUGCAACUGUCUGCGAAGACGACGCUGGUUGCGUCCAUGAACCGUCAAUUCGACGGCCGCCGCCACAUCACGCAAGUCAUGACGGACAAGUUGGGGAGACCGCCUCCGACCUUUGCCCCCCCACCUGUCUACAUCCUUGAUUGGGCGUCAAAGUGCAGAGUCACUUUCUCGCACGACGCGACGUUGGCCUCCCUGAUGGAGGCGAAAAGGUUGGAUUGGCUGGGGACAGGCCCCCCCGAGGACGACGAUGAGGACGACGACGGUGCUGACAAAGGGCAGGGUGGGUGAUGUGGAUGACAUCGCGAUAGGGAAGGGGAUGAUGCUUUCGCUUCUUUGACGACGACAGAAAACGCAAGCAGUCACUCCACGGC